AUGCCUCAGAAUGCCAUGCUAGAAUUCGAACUCUUUGAUGUAUGGGGCAUCAAUUUUAUGGGUCCAUUUCCACCAUCUUUUGGAAAGAAUUAUAUAUUGGUCGCGGUGGAUUAUGUAUCGAAGUGGGUUGAAGCAGUUGCAUUACCAACCAAUGAUGCGAGAGUGGUUAUCAAAUUUGUGAAGGAAAAAAUCUUUGCACGGUUUGGGACAAGCUGGCAAGUGGAAGUGUCAAAUAAGCAACUGAAGCAGAUCCUAGAGAAGACUAUGAACUCAUCGCGAAAGGAUUGGGCAAGUAAGUUAGAUGAUGCAUUAUGGGUGUACCGCACUGCGUUCAAAACACCUAUAGGAGAUUCCCGAAUUCUUCAACUUCAUGAACUAGAGGAAUUUCGGAAUCGAGCUUAUGAAAACGCAAAAAUCUACAAGGAUCAAGCCAAGAAAUGGAAUGAUCGUAGGAUCCAAAGGAAGGAGUUUUGGGAAGGCCAAAUGGUAAUCUUAUUUAACUCCAGGUUAAAGUUGUUCCCUGACAAGCUGAGGUCAAAAUGGUCAGGACCGUUCGUGAUUCACAAGGUGUUCCCUCACAGGGCAGUUGAAUUGAAGAACCCGACUAAUGGAGACACGUUUAAGGUGAACGGGCAGAGGCUGAAGCCAUAUUACCAAGGCCAAGAGAGUGGCCAAAUUCAUGUUGUUCGUCUCGCAAGGUAA